CCGGAAGUUGCAUGCUUGAAGCUCGACCGGUUCAUAUUCUUUCAACAUGGCAGGUGCAGUGCCCGCUAAAACCUCAGAGCAUGAGAAGUACCGCUCCCCUCUUGUUUCCAGAUAUGCCAGUCCAGAAAUGGCCAAGAACUUUGGUGAACUGAAAAAGUUUUCCACAUGGAGGCUGUUGUGGACUUACCUUGCAGAAGCAGAAAAAAAAGUAGGUUUGGAAAAUGUAACUAUUACAGAAGAACAGAUAACCAACAUGAAAGCAAAUGUUGAAAAUAUUGAUUUUGAGCGAGCUGCCCUUGAAGAGAAACGUGUAAGACAUGACGUUAUGGCCCACGUUCAUACCUUUGCUGCGUGCUGUCCUAUGGCUGCACCUAUUAUACAUCUAGGAGCCACUUCUGCUUAUGUUGGAGACAAUACGGACCUCAUAGUAAUGCGGGAUGGAUUUGAUAUCUUACUACCAAAGUUGGCCAGAUGUAUACAGAGAUUAACAACAUUUGCUGAUGAUUACAAAGACCUGCCAUGUCUGGCCUAUACACAUUUACAGCCAGCUCAGCUUACCACUGUGGGGAAAAGAGCGUGUAUGUGGAUUCAAGAUCUACUUAUGGAUGUACAGAAUUUAGAAACUGCCCGAAACAACCUCAGGUUUCGGGGCGUCAAGGGGACAACAGGAACCCAGGCCAGUUUUCUAGCACUCUUCAAAGGAAACCAUGAAAAGGUUGAAGAGCUGGACAAACUUGUGACAGAAAAGGCAGGGUUUAAAACGAAUUUUCUGAUCUGUGGUCAGACAUAUAGCAGAAAAGUGGAUGUUGACUGUCUCAAUACAUUAGCCAGUUUAGGAGCGUCUGUACACAAGAUUUGUACAGAUAUUCGAUUAUUAGCAAGCUUUAAAGAACUGGAGGAACCGUUUGAAAAAGAGCAGAUCGGAUCAAGUGCUAUGCCGUACAAACGUAACCCUAUGAGGAGUGAGCGUUGCUGUGCCUUGGCGCGUCACCUGAUGUGUCUGGUCCAGGACCCACUAAUGACAGCGUCUGUUCAAUGGAUGGAACGGACACUCGACGACAGUGCGAACAGGAGAGUGUGUUUGGCAGAAGCCUUCUUGACGGCAGACAUUGUCCUGAGUACGCUACAAAACAUCUCCGAAGGCAUUGUGGUCUACCCAAAGGUGAUAGAGAAGCGAGUACGACAAGAGCUUCCUUUCAUGGCUACGGAGGAUGUUAUUAUCGCCAUGGUGAAUGCUGGUGGUAACAGACAGGAAUGCCAUGAGCAGAUUCGAGUCCUGUCCCAGGAGGCCGGGAUGGUUGUCAAGCAGGAAGGAGGAGAAAACGAUCUGGUGGAGAGGUUAAAGAAAUCUGCCUACUUCGCACCGGUCAGAGAUUCUCUCGACGAACUACUGGAGCCAAAAAAAUUUAUUGGUCGAGCACCUCAACAGGUAACAAGGUUUAUCCAAGAAGAAGUCAGUCCAAGUAUCAAAAUCUACACAGACAGAAUGAAUGUGACCUCAGAACUUGACCUCUAGACUUUGACCCCAGGAAGUACUAAAGAUAUCUCACAAGAUGACGCAAAAUUUGUUACCAACACUACAUCAGUUAUUUUGAUGUGUUCCAUGGUAAUUAAAAAAAUGGUAUUUAGAUCUGAAAAUUGUAUUUGUUCAAAUGAAGAGAAAUAUUGAAGGAAAAAUCAUUGUAAUGAUUGAAUAAAUCAGUUUAAUAUUGUGAUAUUUCUCUUCUAAAAAAAAAUUGUUACCAUUGAAUAAAAUUGAACUUAUAA